CAGACAAUUGCUCCCAUCCCAUAAUAUUCGAGCAGGGUAUUGCAUCUUUUCGAAACCAUCGAUCUUCAGCCUCAAAGAUGAACGAUGGCGCCCAAUCUCCUGCGGCUCGUGAUCCCAACGUUGAGGAUCCGGCUGAGGUUGAGGACGAUCCUUCGUCCACCCUCCUUGAUCUCACCAGCUGUCAACUUCACGACCUCGACUCCGUCGACUUGCCUCCCUACCUCACCAAAUUGGACCUGACCACCAAUCGCUUAUCCGCCUUGGACCCUCGCAUAGCCCACCUCUCUAACCUCAAGAAGCUUUCUCUUCGUCAGAACCUUCUCACUGAUGCUGCCGUUGAGCCCCUUUCUACCUGGCACGACAUUGCCCGUCUUGAGGAGCUGGUGCGACGUGAUGAUCAAUUAAAAAAAAAAUUCCUGAUGCCAGCAUAUUUAAGAAACUAUUGGUUUUUUAUGUUUCUUACUUCACUGAAUGGAUGGUGUCGGGUCUCCAACACAUUGAAAGAGCUCUCUGUAUCUAGAAAUGAAGUGAUGAAGAUGGAGGAGAUUGAUCACUUUCACGAAUUACAGAUUCUUGAGCUCGGCUCUAACAAAUUACGGAACUUGACAAAUCUUCAGGAGCUUUGGCUUGGACGUAAUCGAAUUAAAGCUGUAAACUUGUGCGGGCUCACAUGCAUCAAGAAAAUUAGCUUGCAAAGCAAUCGGCUGACUUCAAUGGCAGGAUUUGAGGUAUUUAGUUCAAUGUUGUUUUCCCUCUAAGUUUUAUAAAGAAUAUUGAGGGAAAAUAU